AUGGAUAAUAGCCAGAGGGCGGGUGAUCACAAAAGAAGAAAUCAAAAAUCAAGUUUAGCUGUUCCCAAUUAUACUAAUAUUAAUAAUGACAGUUCCAAUGAAGAUACUACUAGUGAAGAAGAUGAAAAUGAGGAGGAUGAGGAUGACAACGAGGACGAUAAUGAUAAUGAUAAUGACCAAAAUAAUGACAAUGACAAUGAUAAUGACAAUUAUUCAAUCGAUUCUAUUGACGUAGAACAACAAUCUAAUUCUCAGGUUGACAUAGAAGAUUUCCAAUUUUCAGAUGAUGAAAGUGAAGAGGAUAAUUUAGAUAACAUACAACUAAAUACUGAAAUAUCUCACGAGAUCGAAAUCUAUAAAAACUACAAGGCAGAAAUGAGACAUAAAUAUCGAUUGCUUCAAAAAAAAAAUAAGAGACUUGAAAAAUCGUUAGAGAAAAUUAAAUUACAAAAACUUGAAAUUUCUAAAGAAUUGAAAAGCUUGAAAACAAAUUAUGUAUCGAUUAAUAAAUUAGUUCAAUCAAGAGAUAAAGAAAUGCAAUUAUUAGAAAAAAAAUAUAAUCAAUUGUUUCAAGAAAAUAAAGUUACAAAUUCAGUCUUAUCAAAAUUACAAGAAACAGCAAAUGUUAGUAAUUUACAAGUUCGUGCCUUAAAACGAAUUGCUACUCCUGUAUUAACAUUAGAAAAUUUCACAAGAACUGUAAAUGAUUCAGAAUCCCUAUUAUACUGGAUACGAAAUGAAUUAGGUAUGAUAAUUAAUGACCAAACAAUUCACGAUGAUAUUUGUAUUGGAAUAAUGAGUGUUUGUAAUAAAUCAUCAGAAUUUGUACUGACAUUUUUAUUUGCAUAUGCCGUUUGCAAAUAUCGAUUGUUUCUUGGUGUAAUGCACGCAAGUUAUAAGAAUAAAAAUGAUGGUUCUACAAGAUUUCUUUCAUGUUUAUUUUGCCACAAAUUACAGUAUGAAAUGGUUGUUAAAGAUGGGGUUGUGAAAUUAGUGUCUAAGAGAACUAGUGAGGAAGUUGUUAACAGCACACAUACUUGCUCAGCACAGGAUCUGGUUAAAGUAACUCUUCUGAAAAAUAAAGCUAAGUCUAGCUCAUAUCGCCAUGACGAAAUAUCAUUAAAAAAUAAUUUAGACUCAUUAAUAGAAUGUUUUAAAAACGAUGGCUUAGCGUUAUUAACAUAUCAACGUGCGACAAAUGCUCGUGAUAUGGGAUUAAGCUCAAUCUCUAGAGCGUUGGUAUUAAUUACAGCACAUGCAGUUUUGAAUAUCCAUAAAGAUUCCCUGGCGGAAAAACAACAAAUGAUAAGGGAUAUUGUCGCCAAGAUCAUUAUAGAAUCAUUGGGAUUGACUGAAAAAUACCAAGAAAUGUCUGCGAUAGAGCCAACUUAUUUUCCAGAUCUAGAGGGUUUCAAACAUAAAUUUACUGAAAGUUUAAAAAGAUCUAUAGAUAAUGUCGUUAAAAAAGUGGACGUAAAUAUUGCAAGCUUUGAUAACAUGAUGGGCCCUUAA